AUGCAUGUGGAUCUUGUCGAAGACUCACCUUCUUUGAACAUUGUGAAUCUCUUCUUUCUUUCUCUCUGUCUCUUCUUUCUUUCUCCCUGCCUCUUCUUUUCUUUCUCCCUGCCUCUUCUUUUCUUUCUCCCUGUCUCUCUUUUCUUUCUCCUCGUCUCUUCUUUCUUUCUCCCUGUCUCUCUUUUCUUUCUCCUCGCCUCUCUUUUCUUUCUCCUCGCCUCUCUUUUCUUUCUCCCUGUCUCUCUUUUCUUUCUCCUCGUCUCUCUUUUCUUUCUUUCUCCCUGUCUCUUCUUUCUUUCUCCCUGUCUCUCUUUUCUUUCUCCUCGCCUCUCUUUUCUUUCUCCUCGCCUCUCUUUUCUUUCUCCCUGUCUCUCUUUUCUUUCUCCCUGUCUCUUCUUUUCUUUCUCCCUGUCUCUUCUUUUCUUUCUCCCUGUCUCUUCUUUUCUUUCUCCCUGUCUCUUCUUUCUUUCUCCUCGCCUCUCUUUUCUUUCUCCCUCGCCUCUCCUUUCUUUCUCCUUGCCUCUUCUUUCUUUCUCCCUGUCUCUCUUUUCUUUCUCCUCGCCUCUCCUUUCUUUCUCCUUGCCUCUCCUUUCUUUCUCCUUGCCUCUCCUUUCUUUCUCCCUGUCUCUUCUUUUCUUUCUCCUCGCCUCUCUUUUCUUUCUCCUCGCCUCUCCUUUCUUUCUCCUUGCCUCUCCUUUCUUUCUCCUUGCCUCUCCUUUCUUUCUCCCUGUCUCUUCUUUUCUUUCUCCACGUCUCUCCUUUCUUCUUCCUCUCUCUUCUAUAAAAUCACAAAGAACUUUUUUGUUUUCGUCUCUGUUGGCCUUUUCUUACCCCCACAUUUUUGUCAGAAACGGAAUUUUCUUUCGUUUCUGUCAUUGGUUCUCUUUCCCUUUUCUAGUUGCUUCCGUUCCUGGCACUCGCUUAUUGUUGCUCUUAACUUUGUCCUCGCUUGACUCCCCUCUUUUCUUGUUUGUUCUUUUCAACCUUGCCGCAGCUCCCUCUCGGCCCACUCCUCGGGUCGCCUCCUUCCUUUUUUUUUUUUUUUUGCCUGUUCCAUUUACUCUUGUCACUUCUUCCUCUGUUGCCCUUCUCGUUUCUUGCCUUUUCCUUUUCCAGCCGUUGCUUCUUCCUCUUGUUUCUGUCCUCUGUUUUCCUUGCCUAUUCUUAUCGCUGACCAUUAGUUGUCUUGUCAGUUGCGUUACCGGUUGUCUCCUCUUCUUCUUUCACCUCCUCUUCCUUGUCGCUUCUUUUCCUUCCUCUUCCUUGUCGCUUCUUUUCCUUCCUCUUCCUUGUCGUCGUCUCUUCUUUCUCCUCCUCCUCUCCUCUUCUUUCUCCUCCUCCUCUCCUCUUCUUUCUCCUCUGCCUCCUCCUCGUCGUCUCCUCUUCUUUCUCCUCCUCCUCCUCCUCCUCCUCGUCGUCUCCUCUUCUUUCACCUCCUCUUCCUCCUUGUCUCCUCUUCUUUCUCCUCCUCCUCGUCGUCGUCUCUUCUUCUUUCUCCUCCUCCUCCUCGUCGUCGUCGUCUCUUCUUCUUUCUCCCCCUCCUCCUCCUCGCCGUCUCUUCUUCUUUCUCCUCCUCGUCGUCGUCUCUUCUUCUUUCUUCUCCUCCUCCUCGUCGUCUCUUCUUCUCGUCGUCUCUUCUUCUUUCUUCUCCUCCUCGUCGUCUCUUCUUCUUUCUUCUCCUCCUCCUCCUCCUCGUCGUCUCUUCUUCUUUCUCCUCCUCCUCCUCCUCCUCGUCUCUUCUUCUUUCUCCUCCUCCUCCUCCUCGUCGUCUCUUCUUCUUUCUUCUCCUCCUCCUCGUCGUCUCUUCUUCUUUCUUCUCCUCCUCCUCCUCCCUUCUUCUUUCUUCCCCCCUCCUCCUCCUCGUCGUCUCUUCUUCUUUCUUCUCCUCCUCCUCGUCGUCUCUUCUUCUUUCUUCUCCUCCUCCUCCUCCUCGCCGUCUCUUCUUCUUUCUCCUCCUCCUCGUCGUCUCUUCUUCUUUCUCCUCCUCCUCCUCCUCCUCGUCUCUCUUCUCCUCCUCCUCCUCGUCUCUUCUUCUUUCUCCUCCUCCUCCUCCUCCUCGUCUCUUCUUCUUUCUUCUCCUCCUCCUCCUCCUCCUCCUCCUCGCCGUCUCUUCUUCUUUCUCCUCCUCCUCGUCGUCUCUUCUUCUUUCUUCUCCUCCUCCUCGUCGUCUCUUCUUCUUUCUUCUCCUCCUCCUCGUCGUCUCUUCUUCUUUCUUCUCCUCCUCGUCGUCGUCUCUUCUUCUUUCUCCUUCUCCUCCUCCUCCUCGUCGUCUCUUCUUCUUUCUCCUCCUCCUCCUCGUCGUCGUCGUCGUCUCUUCUUCUUUCUUCUCCUCCUCCUCCUCCUCGUCGUCGUCAACAGCGAACUGUAGUGGAAGCAAUAAAUAAGCCCCCGUCACUGGAGUCGAUCGAAGUAUCUAUCUCUACGUUGAACAUUGCUACCUCCAUAUUUUAUCUGUGGUUAUUGUUUUUUUUUCUUCUUUGUUUUUCAUUAUUUUCCUUUCUUAUAUUUUUCUUUUGUUUCUUUUUCUUUAUUCUUUUCAUUUGA